ACCUCUGAUUGGUCAAAUGCAGAGACGCUGGUCACACAGUGGCCCCUCCUCUCCUCGCUCUGUCCUCUCGUCUUUGGGCGGAAAAGAACCGAACGAACGGCUUCUCUGCAACGUAAGUGGCUCAUCCCCGUAUCCGUCAGAGGAAGAGGCCUCGGCGGACAGAUUAAUUGGAUAUAGCAGCCGUCUGACAACCGGACAAGCGCACGACACGGCGCGUUUGGCUCUUAUUGAGCGUGCGCCAACAGCAAAAGAGGAGGUUCCCGAAUAGAGUCCUUUAUUUAUUUCUUUGUUUCCAGCGGGGGAAAUAAUAACAGCGACAAAUAAAACAGGUAGUUCAUUUAUUAUUUUUUUGUCAGAACACACUAGAAAACUGGAUAAGAUUACAGCGGUUAUUCGGAGGCCAAAGCCAAGGGGAGGAGGAUGAAGCGGCGCAAUGCGGACUGCAGCAAACUCCGACGGCCGUUGAAACGGAACCGAAUCACCGAGGGUAUAUACGGCAGUACUUUCCUGUACUUGAAGUUCCUUGUGGUGUGGGCGUUGGUGCUUUUGGCAGACUUUGUACUGGAGUUCAGGUUCGAGUACCUCUGGCCAUUCUGGCUCUUCAUCAGGAGUGUGUACGACUCCUUCAGAUAUCAGGGGCUGGCCUUCUCAGUAUUCUUCGUGUGUGUGGCGUUUACCUCGGACAUCAUUUGCCUCCUCUUCAUCCCAGUGCAAUGGCUAUUUUUUGCUGCCAGUACUUAUGUGUGGGUGCAGUAUGUUUGGCACACAGAGAGAGGUGUCUGUCUGCCUACGGUGUCUUUAUGGAUACUGUUCGUGUACAUAGAGGCAGCCAUCAGAUUCAAAGACCUGAAGAACUUCCACGUGGACCUGUGUCGUCCGUUCGCAGCACACUGCAUCGGCUACCCAGUGGUGACGCUGGGCUUUGGCUUCAAGAGCUACGUCAGCUAUAAGAUGCGCCUCCGCAAGCAGAAGGAGGUGCAGAAGGAGAACGAGUUUUACAUGCAGCUCCUGCAGCAGGCUCUCCCCCCAGAGCAACAGAUGCUUCAGAGACAAGAGCGAGAAGCAGAAGAAGCAGCAGCAGCAGCAGCAGCUAAAGGAAUAUCUGAAGUAGACACGCCUCCAGUGUCACAGAAUGGCGCCCCAGCCAAUAAAAAGAUAUCGGCGCCACUGCCUGAACUAGAAUAUAGAGAAAAGGGGAGGGAUGGGAAGGGCGGGGGGGAGGGUAAAAAGCAGCACAACAGCAACAGCAUCUUACCGUCGUCAGUGGACUCUAAACUCCAGGAAAUGGAAUACAUGGAGAACCACAUGAACAACAAGAGACUGACCACAGAGCUUGGCAGUACAGAGAACCUGUUGCUCAAAGAGGACAACAAUUCCUCCUGCUCCUCUUCCUCUUCCUCCUCCUCCUCAAAAAACUACAAAAAUGCGAGCAGUAAUGCAGCCACACUUAACUCCUCGCCCCGCGGCCACAGCGCCACCAACGGCAGCGUGCCAUCCUCCGCGCCGUCCUCCUCCUCGGGGAAGAACGAGAAGAAGCACAAGGUCUCGGUGGGAAAGGGGACGUCAGGAGGCUCCAGCCGGGACCCCACGGACAACUGCAUCCCAAACAACCAGCUGAGCAAGCCUGAAGCACUUGUUAGGUUGGAGCAGGACGUUAAAAAGUUGAAGGCUGACCUACAGGCCAGUCGGCAGGUGGAGCAGGACCUGCGCAGUCAGCUGGGUUCUUUAGGCAGCGCCGAGCGCUCCAUACGCACCGAGCUGGGUCAGCUGCGCCAGGAGAACGAGCUGCUACAGAACAAGCUCCACAGCGCCGUGCAGGCCAAGCAGAAGGACAAACAGGCCGUGGGUCAACUGGAGAAGAGGCUCAAAGCGGAGCAGGAAGCUCGAGCCACCGUGGAGAAACAGCUGGCAGAGGAGAAGAAGCGGAAAAAGUUGGAGGAGGCCACGGCAGCAGCCAGAGCAGUGGCUCUAGCAGCAGCAUCAAGAGGGGAGUGCACAGAAACGCUGCGACGGAGAAUCACCGAGUUAGAAACAGAGUGUAAGAAACUGACCAUGGACAUCAAGAUGAAAGAAGAGCAGAUCAGAGAGCUGGAGCUCAAAGUCCAGGAGCUUCACAAAUAUAAGGAGAACGAAAAAGACACAGAGGUGCUGAUGUCAGCGCUGUCAGCCAUGCAGGACAAGACCCAGCACCUGGAGAACAGCCUGAGCGCAGAGACCAGGAUCAAACUGGAUCUGUUCUCUGCACUGGGAGACGCCAAGAGACAGCUGGAGAUCGCACAAGGUCAAAUCCUGCAGAAGGACCAGGAGAUCAAAGACCUGAAGCAGAAGAUCGCCGAAGUGAUGGCCGUCAUGCCCAGCAUCUCCUACACAACCGACACCAGCAGCAUGACCCCCGUGGCCCCCCACUACUCUUCCAAGUUCAUGGACACCAACCCCUCCGGCCUCGACCCCAACGCCUCUGUUUCCCAGCCACUGAAAAAGUGAAGGCUACGCCACCCCCCCCCUCCACCUCCCCCUUCUUUUCCUCCCCUCCAUCUCUCCAUACUCUUGUCCCUUUGGUUUCACCCCAGCCCCCUCACCCCCCUCCCCUGCCGCCCUCCAAACUGCUCGGCAUGUCCUCAGCUGAGAAUGUUGGUUUUUUUUUUGUUUUUGUUUGUUUUGUUCUUGAGGUUUUCGGUUUGUGUUCUCCUCUUGCCAGGUCAGAAGGAUGUCGUAUUGUGUGACUGUGUUUGUUGUAGUUAAAAACAAAAGACAAAAAAAAA